UCACUUUAUCGUAAAGUGUCUGUAUCCCGAUCCCGAUUUAAAAAAACAACAACGAGGAAAAUGUGGGCAGUUGAAAAGUAACUGUUGCAAGUCAUCAAAUUUAAGGACAUCGGUUAUCAGAGAGAUGCUGGAGUGUCAGGUUUUGAUUCUAGUGAUUUUUAGUGCAGCUGUCAAUGUUUGUUCUCCCUCUUCUCCAAAUAUGUACAGAACACUGAAGAAGAAUGGAUUUCACAGGGAUUUAUUCACCAAACUUCUGAUUCCUUCCUCUCUGAUAGAACCAGGAUGUGAAUGUCUGAUAGAAGAAGAGUUUCCACCAGGGAUGUAUGUAGAUCCGUAUGAAUUAAAGAAUCUCAGGGAAAAGGGAGGACCCCAGUUCAUCAGUGCAGCAGUUGACAUUGAGAAACCAAAAGAAUUAUCUACUAGUUUUUCUUUCAUAAUUUACCCAAAACAACUUUUAAAGGAAGGAUCAGAAUUUGUGACAAAUGUUACAAUUCCAGUUCAUGUGCGAUAUCAUCAGCCUUUGUCGGAGGAGAGUACAGCACAUGUAGUAAUACAGAACCCACACAUUUAUCUUCUCUGUCACCAAAAUGAUUUGAAGACCAUUAAAAAGACAGAGAAACAAUUUCCUUGUAGCGGUUCACAUGAAAACUGUACCUGGACAGAGAUAUCUUACAAAACAGAUGCCAGCAGUAUAUAUUUUGAUAUCCCUGUUGGGAGCCUCUAUCAGCAAACUCCAGUUGUUAGUGUGACUCUGGCAGUGACAUUAAUUGGAUGUUUAUUCUUAUCUUCAAAGAUUCUACAGAAGUGAAUAAAAUACAUUAAAUACUGCAUAUAGACA